AUGACCGUUAAACAGGUGAUUCGUUUCUCUCAGGAAAAUAAUUUGCCUCCGAAGGCAAUUUUGCUAAUUGACAACUGCUCUGCUCAUGCACCAAUUGAGAAACUUCAAAGCGACGAUGGAAAUAUAAUUGCAUUUUUCUUUCCACCAAAUGUAACAGCAACUUUACAACCAAUGGAUCAGAAUCCUAUUAAGGGGUUAAAGAGUAAUAAAAAGUCCUGGUCAAAGUUGAACAACUGGGACUCUGAUCAGUAUGAAAGUGAUGACGAUAAUGUGCCACUAGCACAGCUACUGCAAAGAGAUCAAGACUGCAAUGGAGCCCUUCAGGCAGCUCAAGCACUUUUAACAGAAAUAGAGCCAACUAAUAACAUUAGCAUACCAGAAAUUGAAAUAUGGAUCAAUGAUGUGCUUGAUGACGACCCUGCACAUGAUCUCAAUAGCGAUGAUGAGUCUUCAGGUAGCAGCGAAUUUGAUGACCGGGAGGUCUUACCAGUUGUAUCUACUUCUACAGCCAUUGAAAGCGUCAAUAAUUUAAUAAAAUGGUGUACUUAUAGUGAAUCGUUUUCCGCAAAGCACACAAGCAAUCUGCUAGCUCUUCGCAAUGAGAUUGUUAUUGCAGAACCAAAUAAAAGGAAGAAGCAAACAGCAAUAAUAGACUACAUGCCUGCAAAUUAG